CAUACCAUUUAGGGAUGGGCGUAGCGGAACCGAAGAGACAAAAAGGAUGCUUCACACUUGGUUUAAAAGAUAUGUGCAGGACCACUGCAACCACCGCUGUAUUUAUAAUCACUGCUUUCCUGAAAAGGAAAUCCCAAAGUGGUUCUGCACUCAGAAUAAGGGGAACUCAGUGAUAACUGGCAUACCACAAAAUUUGUUCAGUGAUAGAAAUUGGAUGGGAUUUGCAAUUUGUGCUGUUUUCCCAUUUCACAAGCAUCCAACUGCCGUUCGUAGGAACUUAUUGGAAUCAGGAUUUCUUCCUCAUCGCGUCAUUUGUGAAGUGCAAACCGACAUUGGUGGUAUGAAGCCGAUAUCAACAUCCUAUAGCAUCAGUGAAGACGAGGUAUUAAUUUCGUUAUACCAACGUGCAUUCCUGUGGUUGUCAUUCACACCGAGUGGGAACUAUAUGGGGAAACAUGUUUGGAAUCAAAUGAGUUGGGCUAAAUUCUCGUUUGUAAGUGAUACUCCAGACGUGUCUUCAGCUGUCAAGUGUGGGGUCAAUCUUGUAUACCGGCACAAUUUCGACGAGUUUACUCAUACAAUUGUACAACUCGUGACCUCGUAUGCUGACUAUAUGCAUCUCAUCCGUAACUCUUCCAAGAAGAAUGAGCCAACGGUCUAUAAAAUGUUGCCCAUGUAUCAUGAGAACGUCCCAAGACCUGACAACUCUUAUGAGGAGGACCCACGCCCUCGAACUCGAAGAAGGGUUCCCAUUCAGCCCUUUCAUCCGGAGCAUUCUAGUGUCGAACGACUCGGAACUCCCAAGCCAUUCUACCAAACGGGCCCACUGGACUUUAAUCCGCUCUUGUUAUAUAAUAAUUGCUUCCCUCCAAAUAAAGAAACCCAAGAGUGGUUCACUCAUCAGAGUGGUAGGCAUUCGGUGGCAAUUGAGAUACCACCAAAUUUGUACAAUGAUAACAAUUGGAUGGGAGUCGCUCUAUGUGUUUGUUUUUCAAUUGGCGGGGAUCGAGAAACCCUCCUUGAGAAUAUGGUUUCAGAAAUUCCGCAAUUCCUAUAUUGUCAAUUCCGAAGUACCGUUGCUGGUAUGGAUGAUGAAUUAAGCCUUAGUUGCGUAACUAGUAAAGCAGAAAUCACGUGGUUAGUUAAUGUAGGUGAAUUCAUUUGGAUAUCCUACGUACCGGGGGAGUCAUUUAAGAAUAUGUUGCGCCAAUGCAACCACAUUGAAGGUUCAUUUCUAAGUGAUUGGCCAGGUGUGAUGGUGAAGGAAUGUGGGCUUCGUCUUUUGUACCAGCGUGAUCUGGUAGAAUUUGAGCAAAAUCUAAAACAAUGCAACGCCUUGAUUUCUGAGUAUUCGGAUUUCGCGCGCCAAUUUAUGGUUGAUCAAGAAAAAAGUAAUAAGAGGCAAAACCCUGAUGAUGAGGCGGCACGACCUUCAGUGGUUCCAUACAAUUGUAUUGACGUAAGAAUCAACUCUGCAAAGAAUACUAAUAUUAACUCUAACUCGUUAGACACAAAAUUAUAUAUUUCUGUUUUGCAGGACUUCCAUCGACACCAUUUCUAUGAUUCUUGUUUUCCUCAAAGUGGCGGAAUAAUUCUAGAUUGGUUCAGCCAUCCAAGUGAUGGGCCUAAAGUGGGAAUCCCUCUUCCUCCAAAUUUCUACAAUGAUCCUACUUGGACAGGACUUGCUCUGUUUGCUUCUUUUUCAGUCCUCUUUGGCAGUCCGGAUUCACAAGUUCAUUGUCGCUUUGUGUUUGCAUCUGAAAACGGUACUUUUGGUGUAGGGCAUCCCCAUAGCUAUUGCCUCCACGAAGAUGAUCUUUGCUUGUUAAAUCUAGAUGGAUUCAUAUGGCUGGUUUAUUUACCACGUGAGUGUUUUCCAAAGUGGUUGAAUCGAUGUAGUUCCAUUGAGGCUGAAAUUAGCAAUUGCCCUGCAGGCUUGACGGUGCACAAGUGUGGACUCCAUCUUUUGUAUCAAAAUGAUGAAGAGUUUUUUAAGGAAAUACUCUUCAAGACCCAUUUGUAUAACAAGUAUGAGAAUGAGGCAAACAAAUUUGAUGGAUGCCUUGUCUAUAACUCUUGUUUUCCUCCAAAUGAAAUUCUGGAGAGGUUCAGCCAUCGGAGUGAUGAGCCCCAACUCACAAUCUCUCUUCCUCCAAAUUUGUACGAUGAUCCUAGUUGGAUUGGACUUGCACUCUGUGUUUCUUUCUCACUCCAGAAGGAUGGGACUACAAUUGUUGACAAUCGGGAUUCACAACUUCCUUGCAACUUGAUUUGUCUGUUGGAAACCGAUAUUGGUAGUCUGGAUUCCCCCCAUGUGUAUAGCCCUACUAAAGAAAAUCUCGUGUUGUUACGGCUAGGUGGAUUCAUUUGGCUCUCUCAUAUACCACGUGGGUCGUUUCCAAACUGGUUGAAUCAGAGCAGCUUCGUUGAGGCUUCAAUUACAACCGAUUUCCCAAGCUUGACUGUGCACAAGUGUGGAUUCCGUCUUUUGUACCAGAACGAAGAGAUAGAGUUUAAGGAAACAAUAAGACACUACACGGCCUCGUUGUCUACAACCUGGAAUGUUAAUCAUCAAUAUUCAACUAUUGCUAAUGAAAAGAUGGUUAAGUCAAACCAGGAGGAUAAAGCAGCUGAGUCCAGUACAACCAGCAUCUCUGAUGAGGACUCUCACCUUGAUCCCAGGCUUAAAGCCAAGAGCAAAAAUGAUCAUCCGCAUAUUAAGAAUCAAGACUUUGAUCGAUGCCUUGUCUAUAACUCUUGUUUUCCUCCAAAUGACAUUCUAGACUGGUUCAGCCAUCAGAGUGAUGAGCCACAGCUGACAAUUUCUCUACCUUCAAAUUUGUACAAUGAUUCUACUUGGAUGGGACUUGCUUUCUGUGUUUCUUUCUCACUCCAGGAUGAUGGGACUACCAUUGUUGACAAUCUGGAUUCACAACUACUUCCUUGCAACCUUAUUUGUUACUUGGAAACAAAUAUUGGUAGUCUGGAACCUCUGCAUAAGUAUUGCCUCACUAAAGAUCAUCAUCUCAAGUUGUUGCAGCUAAGUGGUUUCAUUUGGCUGUCUUUUAUACCACGCGUGUCGUUUCUAAACUGUAUGAAUCAGCAGAGCAGUUUCAUUGAGGCUUCAGUUGCUAUUGAUUGCCUAGGCUUGACAGUGCAAAAGUGUGGGUUCCGUCUUUUGUACCAAAAUGAUGAGGUGGAGUUUAAGGAAACAAUAAGACGGUUAAGCCAAACCUGGGAUCUCAUUCAUCAAGAAAAUACGGCCAAGCCAAACGAAGAGGACAAAGCAGCUGAGCCCAAUACAACCAGCAGCUCUGAUGAUCCCAAGCCUAAAGACAAGGGCAAAAGGAUCGUAGAAUAAUGUCUCCUCUACUUUGGGGGCUUCUGCUUUUGUUACUUUGGGUGCUCUUCCAGCUUAUUCGCUUAUCGAGUAAUAAACUCUUGGAUAUUGGUGUUUGCACAUGAGGUAAU